AUUAAAUUAUUCAUGGCAUAAUAAGGAGAAGAAUUAAAAGGCAAAAUUGAUGAAUCUCAAAAGGGAUAAAAUGAGUAGAAAGAAUAAUCAGUCUAAUAGUAGGAGGAGAAGAAUGCUGAGGAUAGUCAAGAAAAACCAAAAAAUUAAAGUUAAUCUUAAUCUCUUUUUUCUGGUUUGAAUUCUGGAUAGAAUUUAUUUAAUAAUAGUGGCAUUAACCUUAAACCAGGCUAAUUAUUUACUGGAAAUAUCUUAAGUUCAUCAACAUAACCUACAUCAGAAUUAUUUUCAUAGUUGUUCAAAAAUACAAAUGUAGAAAUUAAUUGUGGAAAAACUCAAUCUGAGAUAAAUUAAUAAAUAUCAAAGCCUGCAGAAAAUAAUAAUCAAGAUGAUGAUGGUAACAUUCUUAAAUUUAUUUAAAUUAGAAGAAGAUGACGAUGAAGAAGAUUAAAAAUAUUUAUACUCUGAUUUUAAGUAUGAAUAAAAUGCAGACUUGGAAUAGAUUAUCAAAGUAAAUUGAAAUAUAAUAUUAAAAAGUAAGAUUUAGAAAAGUUUAGAAGAAAUGCAAAUCAAAUACUUGAGAAAGGAACUGUCUCUAUUGAAAAAGCUAAAAAUGAAGAAUCUUAUUUCUUUAUUUAUAGGUAUUCUAUUGAUUUAUAAUUAGAAACUAAACUUAAUAAAUUAUCUAUGCUGGAUAAUUGAUAAAAGGACUUUCAAAGACAAGGCCUUUAGGUUAAAAAUAAGAAAAUCUAUUACUUAAAGCAGUAAGCAAAAAGGAAUAAGAAAAUUAACAAGAGUUAUAAUAAGUUGAUGAUAAAAAGUAGUUAGUCAUUGAUAUUUUAAAAUUAAUGUUUACAACAAAAGAAGGAGCUGAAGAAUUUAAAAAGCAAUUAGAAAAGGUAUUGCAAUGAAAAU